GUUCCAUCACAAGAUUGUAUCUCGUGAUCACUUAAUAAUAAUUGUUAUCGUUACGCUUUGUCACCAAUAACAGCACUUCUUGUAAUCAUGGUAAUUAUCAAAAUCAAGAGCGCAAAAUCAAGUCAUAUCUGUCUGUUUGGUACUGAAGCCACUCUGCAAAGAAAUGUUACACUUAACGUUAUUGUUAUAUGUCUUCGAAUAUGUUGUUUGUGAAUGGGUUGAAAUACAGCCAAUUUCGAAAAAUACAUCAGAUAGACGUUUCUAUACCUCUACUACUUCGACCACUACACGAGCCUACGAGGUAUCCAUAAGAAACCCCUUUAUAAAUCAUUCUCAUACAUCAAAUCUCGACACGCAUUCGACGCCGAGUUUCGAAAGUAAAAACGGCACAAAGGCCAAUGCUGAUGAGAAAAUAUCACAAAAUGUUAAAAAGGAAAAAGCACCAAUAGAACACGAACAAGCAGAUGAUGAAGAAGAUGAUGAUGAUUACGAAGACAUUGAAGAUAAUGAUUCUCCUAUUGGUAUGAACAGCUUCAUGGAUUUUUUAAAGAGUGCACAGAAGACUUUGCUGCAGUAUAAGAUGAAUACGUAUAGAAGCAAAAUGUCUGUCUUGAAACACCUCAAAGACGUAUUAACAUUGAACAUAAAUGAGAAAAUUGCUAAUUUCAAAUUAAUUGACGGGAAUAGCGAAGCAAGGACUUAUAAAGAAGAGGAACAUCCCAUGGAUUAUCAUUCAAGUGAAGGGGCGUUGAUGACGAUAGGCUUUCUUACGUUUUCAGUAUUUCUGAUCAAAUUAGUUAUAAAACUGGUACAUCUGUUGAAAUACAAAAGUCAAUAUUACUAUGGAAUGAACACAGUAACUACAACCACACCGGCUACAGUUGUCUUCCUGAAAAGAAAAGGAAGGAUGAAUGACAUGGAAGAUGACCAUAUCACUAAGAUUAUCGAGUACACCGAAUAUCUAAAGCAUUAAUUUUCAGAGUAAACGUGCAAUUUUCCAUAUUAGAAUGAAAAUUUUUCAUUUUUGCAAGCAUUUCUUUCACUCUCCUCGUAUAAAGAUGUAGGUCAUAGAUAUAGACCAGUUAACACAACAGUAAGGUAAUUGUAAUUUUUAGUCCUCUCCGCUAGAUACCGCCCAUACUGCAAGAUACUGGCGAUAUUCUAUUGGAUGGUAGAAAAAUAAAUUUAGUAAAGAAAU